UACUGAACUCUCCAUCGCUUAGGUAAUUGUUAUUAGAAUAAUUUGAAAGGUUACUACUUAAUAGAUGUAUUAAAAUUUAUGAUCUGUAAAAUGAUUACAGAUUGAGCUUCUUUCUACAAGAUCACUAGUUACUACCUACACUGACACAUUCAAGUUGUCAAAUCACAACACUUGCACGUGCCAACAUUCGAUGUGAAUCACUCUCUGAAUAUUGAGUUAUUAACGUUGAACUAUUUUUGCUGAAGGUACUACCAGUAUGCCUAAUUUUCAUUAUAUAACGUAGAAGUUAUUAUGUAAAUAAAUGUCUACAUUUUCACUGUUGGAUCUUGUGAAGGUGAAAUGUCUUAUCAGUAUCAAUCAGUAUACCUGUUACAUUGAUGUUUCUCACUUAUAAUUAUUGUGCGAAAUGACCACUAAGAAUUGUGCGAAUGGUCAAAAACUUGUGCUAAAAGACUUGUGUGAAAAGUCUUUUGUGCGAAAUGUCCGGUUACCGUGGACAUCCCUCACCCUUGGUUCCCUAGCUACAACCUCAACGAUAAACUUGAAGUGAAGCCUAGAGCUUUGACUCCUAAUCAGCAUUUUCUUACUUCAAAAUGUAAGCGCAUGGCACUCUUUCAUUAAUUGUGUCCUAUGUUCUAUUUUAUAGGUACAAGCACAAAAGACCAACCCAUAAAUAUUGUGAGAAGACAUUGCUCUCAUAUCCGUAAGGUUCCAGACAUUUAUACAUCAGAGCAAUUGAAGAGUGUGCGCAUUGUGUUUGAGUCAGAUGAUUCGACAAAUUUCAUAUCUGAUGAAAGUGGAGUUGUUAUUGGUUACGCUACUUUCAAAACAGAGACAAGAUCACAAGCUGAAUGCUUGAGCCUUUUUAAACCUAUACCAACUACACCAUCAACAGGAAGCAAGAUAUUGGCAAAUUUCUUCUCUGUGGUUAUUAUUGGGACCAUGGGCACCCUGGUAUUUUGAAUUACGGUCAACUCGCCGACGCCAACUCGC